UGAAAUAUCACGGUAAUGUCACGUUUAUAUUUUGUAAUUUUCCACGUAAAAAGUGUUCUUAUAUAGCUGUAAAUAGUGUUAAAUAAGUUAAUCCGCAAGUUGCAGAAAAAAAUCCAUCUGGAUUAGAAGAUAGUUCAUCAGGACGACCUUGAGUAUUCAUCAUGGGAAAAGAGAGCAAAUUAGAAUCUGAGAAGGCCCUAAACGGCUCCAACGUAGACGACGAGACCCGAAAAAAGAAGAAAAGCAAAAAACACAAAAAGCACAAACGGAGCGAAGAAGAUGAAGACAGAGCUUACAAAAAAAAGAAGAAAUCCAAGAAGGAGAAACACAAAAGCCCGAAACCAGAGAGUGAGACUUCUCUAUCGGACGUGGAGGAACUUAUAAAAAAGAGCAGAGACCGGAAACCUCCGCCUAAAGAACCCUCAAUAGUCAAGGAAAAGAAUGGUGACACUAAAGACGAAGCUCUAGAAAUCAUAUCCUCAAACUCAGAAACAGAAAACUACCAAGAAGACUGCGCUAGCCCUGAACUAAAUAUGAUCGAAGACGAUCUAAAUCUAGAAGAACUUAUGAAGCAAAAGGAGCUGCUACAAGCGUUCCUCGUUGCUUACUAUUCUGAUAAAAGCGAUGACAGUGACAGUGAGAAAAAGAAGGAUGACGUGAUUUGCAUCAACGAUGACAAAUCACCGGUGGCCAAAAAAUCAAAAACUGACGAUAAAAGGAAAAAGUCUAGCAAAGACAGGUCCGCUGAAAGGGAGAAAGAGCGGCACAGAUCAAGAAGACACGAAGAGGAUUUGCGAGAGAUAAUAAAUAGAGAGAACAGGAAAGAGAUGGAGAAACGGUUAGAGUAUAGGGAGAGGAAAGAGCGCGAGCGUCGGAAACUUCACGAGGCGGAGCGGGAGAGGGAGCGGGUGCGCGAGCGGGAGCGCGAAAGGGAAAGGGAGAAGAAGCGAGAGCGGGAACGCGAGAGGGAGAGAGACAGACGGGAUAAGGUGGUGAAGCGUGAUCGAGAGAGUGAAGUGAGGCGAAGGCGGUCGCGAGAGCGGACGCCGCAGCGGCGCUCACGGCGGCCCUCGGACAGGGAUAGAAGGUCCAGAGAACGACACAGGGAUAGAUCCAGGGAUAAGCGAGGCGGCAGCAGGGAUAGACGCAAGAACUCCGGCAGCGAGGUAGCUCACCUAGUGGCCAGUUCCUCAGACGAGCUGGACAUCUCCAUCAACACUGAUGAUGAGGAGGAAACCGAGGAACAGAUCAUCGAGCGACGUCGGAAGCAGAGGGAACAACUACUCAAGAGGUUGGGCGGCGCCAAAGACGAAAAGGAUGACAAAAACGUACAACCUGAUCCCCACACGACUCCACCAAAACCCGAGUCGAAACCAGACUCCAAACCCGACAGACCCGAGUCCAAACCCGAUAGACCCGGUACGCCCGAACUCAAACCCGAGCCACAAGAUGAGAAACAGAAGGACAGGAGAGAAGAGGAUAGAAGCCACAAAGAGAAGAGGACGGGAGCAGAGUGGGAUAUGUUCGCUGAUCAGGACAAUUUCGAUGUAGAUAGCCCUACAGUCGGCCGGCCUCGAGGCAAGAACACUCUGGAGAAUCCGUCGCUCACAGAUAACUGGGACGACGCAGAAGGAUACUACAGAGUCCGCAUCGGCGAAUCACUAGACAACCGUUACACUGUAUACGGGUACACGGGUCAAGGCGUGUUCAGUAACGUGAUCCGUGCGCGCGACCAGGCGCGCGGCGGCGCCGACGUGGCCGUCAAGAUCAUACGCAACAACGAGAUCAUGCACAAGACGGGUCUCCGCGAGUUGGAGAUACUAAAGCGACUGAAUGACGCGGACGCGGACGACAAGUUCCACUGCCUGCGGCUGUUCCGCCACUUCUUCCACAAGCGCCAUCUGUGCAUGGUCAUGGAGCCCCUGUCCAUGAACCUGAGGGAGGUGUUAAAGAAAUACGGCAAAAACAGCGGGAUCCACAUAAAGGCAGUGAGGAGUUACACCCAGCAGAUCCUUUUGGCCCUCAAGCUGCUCAAGAAGACUGGAAUACUGCACGCUGACAUCAAGCCCGACAACAUCCUAGUAAACGAGAGCAAACUGCUGCUCAAACUGUGCGACUUCGGUUCAGCCGCCAUGGUUACGGAAAACGACUUCACUCCGUACCUCGUGUCCCGGUUCUACCGGGCUCCAGAAAUUAUCCUGGGGGUCCCUUACGACUUUGGCAUCGACAUGUGGUCCACAGCGUGCACCAUAUACGAACUGUCCACGGGCCGGAUAAUGUUCAGCGGCAAGUCCAACAACGAGAUGCUCAAGUACUUCAUGGACCUCAAGGGCAAGAUCCCCAACAAGAUCAUCAAGAAGGGCAUCUUCAAGGACCAGCACUUUGACGGCCAGUGCAACUUUCUGUACCACGAGCUGGACAGGAUCACUGAGAGGGAAAAAGUAGUGGUAAUGACCAGUAUAAAGCCAACGCGCGACCUGCAAUCCGAGCUCGCGCCCCCCCACCACCGGCUCCCCGCCAACGAAGCUAAGAAGAUGACGCAGCUCAAGGAUCUACUCGAGCGGAUGCUCAUGCUGGACCCGGCCAAGCGCGCCUCCGUCAACCACUGUCUGGCGCACCCCUUCAUACAGGACAAGAUAUAGCAUGGACAAAACUAGUUGUCAUUAUUGAAAAAUCACUAAAUUGACAAAUUUUGAUGUCUUAUAACCCUAGAUUAAAUAAAACAAGAUCAUACCAUCCCAUACAUUAAAAUGCGACCGCCUAAGACCGCGCUUACACUCCACCACACAUAGAUCACAAAAAAAAUGUUUUGUA